AAACAUCUGCUCCACUCCGGCAAAAAUGAUUCAAGACCAGCACAGCGAACACCACCCCCUGGCUACUUGAAACCUGAAACAAACGCUCUUUUGAAAAGUGAUUGGCUCGCUGAAUCUAUUGUGAGUUCAUUCGACUCAUUUCUACCACGAUUAGCGACUCCGAGAUUCAAGACACUCAUUAUCAUCAUGGUGGCCUUUGGUGCUGGAGCGUUUCUCCUGACGCUGCGCGUCCUACUUUCUGCAUCUCUGUCUUCAGCGGUUCCUUUGGCUCAAGCACCGGCUGCACCAGCCCCACCGGCGGGCGGCUCUGGAUACUGGCUUGGGUCCAUCAAGCACCAGGGCCAAGCCGCCUUCAACCCCAACCCAGCAUCCUACCAGGUCUUCCGCAAUGUCAAGGAACUGGGCGCCAAGGGCGACGGUGUUACUGACGAUACCGAUGUCAUCAACAAGAUCAUCGCCGACGGCAACCGCUGUGGCGAGGGCUGCGACUCUUCGACCACUACUCCUGCCCUCGUCUACUUUCCCCCGGGUACUUACAUGAUCAGCAAGCCCAUCAUCCAGUACUACUACACAAUGUUCGUUGGCGACCCAUUGAACAUGCCCGUUCUCAAGGCCACAGCGAACUUUGAAGGUAUGGGCCUCAUCGAUGCCGAUCCCUACAUCCCAGGUGGCAACGGUGCCAACUGGUACACCAACCAGAACAACUUCUACCGCCAGGUUCGCAACUUUGUCAUCGACAUCUCCGCCGCCAAGGUUGCUGCUGGUAUCCACUGGCAAGUCUCCCAAGCCACCAGUCUACAAAACAUUGUUUUCGAGAUGGCCAAGGGUGACGCCGGCAAGGACCAGAAGGGCAUCUUCCAGGACAACGGCUCUGGUGGUUUCAUGACGGAUCUGGUCUUCAACGGUGGUGCCAUUGGCGCUUUCAUGGGAUCCCAGCAAUUCACCGUCCGCAACAUGACCUUCAACGACUGCGGCACCGCCAUUUUCCAGAACUGGAACUGGGUCUUCACCUACAAGAGCAUCACUAUCAACAACUGCAAGGUUGGUCUCGACAUGGCCAACAGCCCUUCUAACCAGACCGUUGGCUCUGUCCUCCUGCUCGACAGCAAGCUCACCAACACCCCGAUUGGUAUCAACUCUUCUUUUACUGAAAACAGCGUGCCCACCACCGGCGGUACUCUGAUCCUCGACAACGUCGACUUUUCUGGCUCUGAAAAGGCCAUUAUUGGCCCCGGUGGAAACACCAUCCUUGCAGGUGGUCGCAAAAUUGACGCCUGGGCCCAGGGUAACGCUCUCGCUGCUGGAUCCACCCAGGGCCGUGUUCAGGGUGAUAUCACUGGCGCACCCGCUAAGCCCCAGAGUCUCCAGGGUCUGAACGGCUGGUUCGAGCGCAGCAAGCCCCAGUACGAGAAUGUCGAUGUCUCCAAGUUUGUCAGCCUCAAGUCCAAGGGCGCCAAAGGCGACGGUGCGACUGAUGACACUGCCGCUAUUCAGUCUGCUAUUGAUGGCCUCCAGGCCGGCGAGAUACUUUUCGUCGAUCACGGCUCUUAUCUUAUCACCAAAACCGUCACUGUUCCCGCGGCGAAGAAUGUCAAGAUGGUCGGUGAAGCUUACAGCACUUUCCUCAUCACUGGCGACUUCUUCUCCAAGAUGGAUGACCCCAAGCCCGGCUUCCAAAUCGGCACUAAGAGCGGCGACAAGGGCUCUUUCGAGGCUUCUGAUCUUAUCAUUGGAACCCAGGGCCCCGCCCCCGGCGGUAUCCUGAUGGAGUGGAAUAUCAAUGCCGAGAACGGCGCUGCCGGCCUGUGGGAUGUCCAUUUCCGUGUCGGUGGCUAUGCUGGCACCAAGCUCCAGUCCUCCAACUGCAAGAAGAACCCCACUGCCCAGCACCAGCCCAACCCAGAGUGCAUUGGUACCUUUAUGCAGCUGCACAUCACCAAGAACUCCAACGGUUACUUUGAAAAUGUCUGGCUGUGGACUGCCGACCACGAGCUCGAUCAGGAUGACCACUCUCAGAUUGACAUUUACAACGGUCGUGGUAUGCUCGUCGAGUCCCAGGGUCCCGUGUGGAUGUACGGCACUGCCUCUGAGCACUCGCAGAUGACGCAGUACCAGUUUUCUGGAGCAAAGGACAUUUUCUACGGUGCCAUCCAAACCGAGACUCCGUACUACCAGCCCAACCCUACUGCCUCUGUGCCCUUUACCCAAAACUCCAAGUUCUUCGACCCAGACAUGAGCCAGGCCAAGGCCGCAUGGGCCGUCCGCGUCACCGACGGCAGCGAAAGCAUCUGGAGCUACGGUGCAGGCACGUACUCGUUCUUCCAGAACUACAACCAGGCCUGUGUCAACGGCCAAAAUUGCCAGGAACACAUGAACGAGAUUACAAACUCCACCAAUGUCAACUGGUUCGGUCUUUCGACAAAGGCUUCGGUCAACAUGAUUACCGUGGCGGGCAAGGGUGUGGCCAAGGACAAGGAGAACCGGUCCAACUUUUGCGCUACAUUGGCCAUUUUUGCGCAGGCAUAGCGUGUUUUGCCGUCUUCUCUUGGCUUACAGAAAAGACACACAUGUGCUUGGCGAUGAAGGGGUCAACUUCAUCGAUGGAGAAGCAUAUCUUCUUCUUUUUCUUCAUGCUUUUCUUCUUUCCCCUUUUGUUUGUGGGGCCCUAUUCUUUCAUCACCUUUUUUCCUUGCAGUUCUUCUACAGCAUAUACAUACAUAUAUAUAUAUCCAUA